AUGAACAUCAAGGCGGCGGCCUGCGUGCUCUUGGGAGCAUCAACACUGGCACAGGCUGCGGGUAACCAUACAGACUUUGUCCAGAUAAUCCAGGAUCAAGCCCUCGGCGCCCUCAAGAAGGCAGAGUCUGAGGCAGUAUUGAAUAGGAAUAGUACCUGUAUGCUGGAGACCGCAGGAGUGCGGAGAAACUGGGAUGAUUUGGAUGCAGACCAAAGGAAAGAAUACGUCAGCGCCGUCAAAUGCCUGCUCUCUUCUCCAUCUCCAACAGACCCAGCUCUGAACACCGGGGCCCGCGUGCGCUACGAGACUUCGCUGCGCAGCAUAUAA